CAGUGGGAAAGAAUUUGCAGCGAUUUUUAAUCCAUGCAGCCAUCUUUCCUCUCCCAUACCUCCCUGUUUUUUGGGGGUUUUUUUGGUUUUUUUUUUUAAUACUUUCAACAAAGUCAUAGUAUUUCUUAAACUUGAAAAUGACAGUUCUUUUGAGAUCCAAAAGUUUCUAAUUUCUGGACAGUUUAGGAAGCUAAAGGAAGACAGAACAAAGUAGACCACACAUUUGUAAUUUGUUUCAAAGGUGUAAAUAGCAACAUAAACAGUCAUUGGUUAACUUUCCUUUGAUUAGGGACUGAUUGAAGAAUUUCUGAAACCAAGCAAGCAUAAGUAAGAAGAAAAGAGGAAGAAUGUUAGGAACUUCUCCUUCCUUUUUUUCUUUCAUUCAGUGAUGUCUGGGUCAUGGUGGAGUUGUUACUGUUAUCUUUCUCAUUUUCAUUACCUAAACUCUUAGAAAACAUGGUCACCACUAUUUACAGUAUUAAAAAUUAAACGUUAUCUUGAUACAAAACACAGCAGUUAAUCCAUAAAGUCAGAGGCAGACUGUUGAUCACAAUUACAACCCAGUUCACUUGUACACUUAGGUCACAUUACUUGGAGUGAUGCAACAGUGGAUGAUCCGUUAUUGUGAGCUGCAGAUCACGGUUGGCUACAUCACCUGAAAAACAGAAAGUAGAUAUGCAGUAUCCAUUUGACGCUAAAAACAGUGUUACUUUUAGCCCGUUUUUUGGGCUACCUUAGGGUUUUGUACUUCUCAGAGCCUUCUGCAUCCAUCACCAGCAAUUAGGACCUCUUGUCUCCUGAGGAUACAGACUUCCAGUACUAAAAUUGGAACAGUCCUAGGCAAAUUGGGACAUGUGGACACUGCCUUGUCCCAAGUUAACAGCAACUACUUUGAGGCCGUCUGAAACUAUAGGCUUGAAAAGUAAGACAGCAAGCCGUAUUCUGACCUUGUUUUGGGAGAGGUUUUUUUUGUUAUUUCAAAUACAUUUCAUGCUUGGUUUUGAAUAUGAGGGUUUUUUCCUCCCACAUUAACUGCGUUACAAUCUUUGAAAUAUAGCAGGGAGAAAAAACCAAACAGUGCUGGUGUACAGUGUAUAACAAAUGUACUUUUUUCUUUUUUGCAAAGACUGAAGCCAUUUUUAAGGACAUGAAGAGCUAGAAAUUUCCCAAGACUUGUUUGUAUACUAUGUAAUAACCUUGUUGUCUUUCCUAUAUUAAAAAAAAAAAAAUCUGCAAACUUUCUGCCUCCACAACCUCCUGUGUAUGAAUCUGCCACUAAAUCUUGGAGACAUGGUGAAAAUACUGCCUUUUACCACCAUGACCUCUGGUGACUCUGUCUUCAUGGAAACCAGUAUCUUCUCUGCCUCUGAAAUUCCUAUGCCACUGUUUGGAUGAGGAGGGAUUCCAUAUUUUGGCAUUUAAACUUCUUUCUUCAGUUCAGCGUUGGCUAGAUCAGAAUCUAAAAGAGAUGGAGGUUUUAAAAGGAAUUGGAGCUUUGAUCAUGGAGAAGAAAGUGAAGGAGAUACAGAUAAAGAUGAGGCAAAUCUACUCAGUGUAGAUGAAGAUGAGGAUUCUGAAACCUCAAAAGGAAAAAAAGUUGAAUCGUCCAUCUGAAAUUGUUGCUACUAGUCCUGGUGCUCCCUGGAGGACAUGUGCAAAACGAAGCAGGAGUGAAAGCUUAAAACCUUUGAAAGGCAACCCAACUGGACUUCACAUGUUGAACAACAAUAAGAAAUCGAGUGAAAAUACACAAAAUGCAUCAUUAUGUUCUGGAACUGUAAGACGUUUUCCUCAGGCUAAUGCACAGAUAGCAAUGGUAAAAACAGCAGCCCAAAGCAGUCUGGACCAAAAGGAAAGGAAAGAAUACCCACCUCAUGUCCAAAAAUUUGAAAGUAAUCCUGUAAGGUUAAGUCGGCCCCAAGGUGGUGAUCGUAUAAUGAAAAAAACAGAAGAGUCUGAAUCACACCCGGAAUCUGAAAUUAAAAGGAAAGUUGCACAGAAACGUCACAGUAGUACAGAUCAGUCUACCCCAUAUUCUCUGUCUUCUGCUUCCAAAAAAUGUUUAACUGAUUUAGAGGUUUCUAAACAGUGUGGAUAUUGUCCAAAAUGUGGAAAAGAAAAAGAAAAUCAGACCAAAUGCCAAAGUUGUGGUAUUCCUUUUCCUAAGGAUUUGCAAAGAAAUAGCAGACAAGCUGUAACUUUGAAUGAACCUACUGGAUUAUUAAGAACAUCAAUUCAUCAGAAUUCUGGAGGACGGAAGUCACAAAACACAGCAUUACCAGCCAAGAAGUUUUAUGGCAACAGUGUGGGGAAGGUUCCAAUUGAUAUUAUUGUGAAUUGUGAUGAUAGUGGACAGAAUUAUUUACAGACUAAUGGGAAAGUCAUUUUACCUAAGACAGAAGUAGCCAAAAUCACAAACCUGAAAGAAAGGAAAACAAGCCUGUCAGACCUAAAUGAUCCAAUCAUUUUGUCCAGUGAUGAUGAUGAUGAUGAUGACGGUGAGAGGACUAACAGAAGAGAAAGCAUCUCUCCUCAACCUGCUGAUUCAGCAUGUUCGUCCCCAGCACCAUCCACUGGAAAAGUAGAAGCAGCACUAAAUGAAAACACCUGUAGAGUAGAGCAUGAACUAAGACGCAUUCCAGCACGUUCAGAAUUAAAUACAGUUACCUUGCCAAGAAAAGCAAGAAUGAGAGACCAGUUUGGUAAUUCUAUUAUCAACAUACCUCUAAAACGUCGCAAAAUGAUUUCUCAAGAAACUUUAGUUGAUCCUGUAUCUUUAAGCUACCAAAGUUCCUUUGGUAGCGUAAUUUUAAACUGUCGAAGUAUACGAGUAGGAACACUCUGCCGACUAUUAAUAGAGCCUGUAAUUUUUUCUUUAGAUUUUAUCAAGAUACAGCUAGAAGAACCAGAAAAGGAACCUGUAGGGAUUACUUUAAAUACCUCUGAUCUAACAAAAUGUGAGUGGUGUAGUGUCCGAAAAUUACCAGUAGUGUUUCUUCAGACGACAGCAGCAGUUUAUCAGAAGCUGAGCGCGCAACUGCAGAUGAACACGGAGGAUAAAGUUCGGAAGGACUGUAAAGGGAUAAAUAAGUUAACAAAUUUGGAAGAACAAUACAUAAUUCUAAUUUUUCAACAUGGCCUUGAUCCUCAGGAAAAUAUGGUAUUUGAAAAUAUCAUUAUUGACAUUGGUAUAAAGAAUAAUGUGUCAGAUUUUUUUGCGAAAAUUCCCUUUGAUGAAGCCAAUAGCAGACUUGUUGCCUGUACAAGAACCUGUGAAGAGAGCAGCAAAGGAAGUUGUGUGCAGAAAGAAAACAAAAUUAAAAAUGUGUCCCUUGAAUCUAAAAUACAACUUAAAACCAAACAAGAAUUCCAGUUUUUUGAUGAUGAGGAGGCAACUGGAGAGAGCCACACCAUCUUCAUGGGCCCUGUAGAAAAAUUGAUGGUAUAUCCACCACCUCCAGCUAAGGGAGGCAUCUCCGUUACUAAUGAGGACCUGCAUUGUCUAAGUGAAGGAGAAUUUUUAAAUGAUGUUAUUAUAGACUUUUAUUUGAAAUAUUUGGUGCUUGAAAAACUGAAGAAAGAAGAAGCUGACCGAAUUCAUGUAUUCAGUUCUUUUUUCUAUAAACGCCUUAAUCAGAGAGAGAGGAGAAAUCUUCCUGAAACAACUAAUCUAUCAAUACAGCAGAAGCGACAUGGAAGAGUGAAAACAUGGACCCGGCAUGUAGAUAUUUUUGAAAAGGAUUUUAUUUUUGUACCGCUUAAUGAAGCUGCACACUGGUUUUUGGCUGUUGUUUGUUUCCCUGGUUUGGAAAAACCAAAGUAUGAACCUAAUCCUCAUUACCAUGAAAAUACAGUCACGCAAAAAUGUUCAACUGUAGAGGACAGUUGUAUUUCUUCUUCAGCCAGUGAAAUGGACAGUUGUUCACAAAACUCUGCUGCCAAGCCUGUAAUUAAGAAGAUGCUAAACAGAAAGCAUUGUGUAGCUGUAAUUGAUUCAAAUAAUGAACAGGAAGCAAGUGACCCUCGUUAUCGGAGAAACAUUAGCAGUGUGAAAUGUAGUCUGAAAAAAAUAAAUCAUACUGCAAGUGAAAAUGAAGAAUCGAAUAAAGGAGAAUCUGCAUGCCAGAAAGUUGUUGAUAGGACUAAAAGUGAGAAUGGCCUACAGAAUGAAUAUUUAAGUUCUAUGCACCAUACAGAUGGCUUAAGCAAAAUCAGACUAAACUACAGUGAUGAAUCAGCUGAAGGUAGUAAAAUGCUUGAAGAUGAACUCAUCGACUUCUCAGAAGAUCAGGAUAACCAGGACGACAGCAGUGAUGAUGGAUUCCUUGUCGAUGGCAAGUGCAGUUCUGAAAUGGGACAGUGGCAUUUAAAGCCUACCGUCUGUAAACAACCUUGUAUCCUACUGAUGGACUCACUCAGAGGCCCUUCUCGGUCCAAUGUUGUAAAAAUUCUAAGAGAGUAUUUAGAGGUGGAAUGGGAAGUAAGAAAAGGAAGCAAACGAAGUUUUUCCAAAGAUGUUAUGAAAGGCUCUAAUCCAAAAGUACCCCAGCAAAACAACUUCAGUGACUGUGGUGUAUACGUAUUGCAGUAUGUAGAGAGCUUUUUUGAGAAUCCAAUUCUGAAUUUUGAAUUACCUAUGAAUUUGGAAAACUGGUUUCCUCCCCCAAGAAUGAAAAGAAAAAGAGAGGAAAUUCGAAACGUAAUUCUGAAGUUGCGGGAGGACCAGAGCAAGGAAAAAAAGAGGCGUAAGGACACAACAUCUGUAGGUGAAGGAGCCGAACAAUAUGUCAGUAACAUCUCAGACUGACCAUUUUUCAUGCUUGGCAGUAUUGCCUUCAGAAACGGAGUGACUUUCAAGGAUAUAAACAGUAAAGAACUGAAGUGCUCAUUACACAGAGUGAUUUGGAAAUGUUAAUGCUUGUAUAAAUGUCAUGUAAUUAAUUUCCACCGGAGGAUGUAUUCAGUAAAAGUCUGUAAAUAUGUAAUGAGGCCAAUUUUUCCAGCAUUUAUAAUUAUUUUUUUCACUUGUUAGGAAUCGUUUGUUAGAUAUUUUCUGUUAAUAGUACUUAAAACUGUAACUUCUAAAAAUAAAAUAAAUAAAAAAAUAUUUAUAGGAGGAGAUGAUUAAGUUGAUAUUCUUUAGUAAGACUGUAUUAAAUUCUUCAGUGGGUGCGUAUCUAUGAUAAUCUUUUGACCUUUGCAUUUGUUUUAAAAUAACUUGAAAUGUGAAAAUAAGAUUAAAUCAAAGCCAUUUUGAACA